UUUGCAAAUCAAACACAAACACGCGCGCGCCGAAUCUCAAGACAUCUGACAGCGAAAUUUGUUACUAGUUUUGUUUUUCGAGGACGCACACACGCAAAUUGGGCGUAGAAUUCAAAUCGUAUCUUGUUGUUAUUCGCGCGCAGUUUGACACCAACCACAUCAUGAGCCGGCACGUGGUUUUAUUUUUACUGUCGGUUUUACUUCCAGCCACUUUGCGAGGAGGUGACGUACUGAAUUUGCAUUACAAUGGCGAGUACAAGCAGCUACCGGAUCAUCCCAGUGUUCAGGAGAUACAAGCAAAGUCAUGUGUUUGUGUACCGCCUCAUAUGUGCGUGGAUCAUGACAAAACUUCCAAUGGGGAAGGGUUUUUAGAUAUUAGGUUUGAUCCUGGUCAUGACUGCAAAAACUACUUUGAAAUAUGUUGUGAGACCCCUGUGGAUCAUCAACAACCUGAUACUGCAAACUCAAUUGGACCAUCAGAAGAUGUUUUAAAAGGAUGUGGAUUAGAACAACCUUUAGGGUUAUCAUUUAGAAUCACAGGUAAUGGUGUAAAGGCCCAAUUUGGUGAGGCUCCAUGGACAGUGGUCCUACUUUUACAAGCAAAUGACAAAUCCAUGUAUAAAUGUGGAGGAUCCUUGAUAAGUUAUCAAGUGGUAUUGACAGCAGCCCAUUGUGUGGCUGGAAUGUUGGAUGAAGAAUGGACAAUCCGCGUUGGGGAGUGGAAUACCCGCAGUCAAGACGAACCUUUACCACAUCAAGACCACCGCGUGAAAGAAAUCCUCAUACAUCCACAAUUUCAAACCGGGUCACUUAAAAAUGACAUAGCUCUACUUUUUCUUGAAGAAACCAUCACACUAGCAAAAAAUAUCAACUUCAUUUGUCUACCUCCAAUGGGUUACCGCGCUGAUGAUACCCUCUGCGUCGCUAGCGGAUGGGGUAAAGACGCAUUCAAAAAAGGCAAACAUUCAUCAAUAUUAAAAAAAGUCGAGCUGCCCAUCGUGUCAAGAAGCAGUUGCCUGGAAGCAUUACGGUCAACGCGACUAGGAAAGUUCUAUCACUUAGACAAGAGCUUUAUCUGCGCCGGCGGCGAAGCCAACAAGGAUACGUGCAAAGGCGACGGCGGCAGCCCGUUAGUAUGCCCGCUCCCGGGGCAUCCGGGCAAGUGGGUGCAGGUGGGCAUCGUUUCGUGGGGCAUCGGCUGCGGCGAGAGCAACACGCCAGGUGUUUACGCCAACGUGGCGCUCUACCGGGAUUGGGUGGAUAAGCAGUUGGAAGCGCGCGGUCUGGACGUCGCUGUAUAUAAGUACGAAUAAAUAUUUGCCGAAGGGUUCAGCAACUCUCAGCAAACUGCAGUAAAUCUUUCUUAGACGCGCAAAUUCCGUGGUUAAAACUUUAAACCUCUUGCUUGCACAACUUGCAUGGGGAAAAACCGAAGGCAAACGGAAACUAUCACUUAGAGAUAAAAUUUCAUAACGAAAACUAGCGAAACUAAUUGAUUUUAAAUCAGUGCUAAUAGUGUGUUUAUCAGU